CACUGUGAAAUCGUCUAAAAAAAACUUGCGGAAAGACCACACCACCACCCCACGCCCGCCGUGCGGUUGAUCCGCCAACACCAGGCGCCCGCCCCCUCCGCCCCGCCCUCCGGUUCCCGAAUCCCUCCUCCUCCCUCUCGCCGCACCAGCCGCUCCUCUCCUCCACGCCUCUCUCGCUCCCCUCCCUCCACGACUUUGCAUCCACGCAAGGCAUAUACCUUCCGUGGCGUGGCGUCCCUCAUUUCAUCCCCCCAUCCUAUAUCCCUCCCUUAACUUGCCGGUCUCUCUGCAUUCCUUUGCCGUCCUCUGGAUCUUGGUCGCCCCAGCGAGUUCGCAGGAUAGUCAACGAGCAUAGAAUUCAUUCAUGUUCCCUGAUUAACUUAGUUGCAACUCUGUGAUUUAAGGCGCUGUCCGACUUCAUCCUGAAUACAUUAGUUUGCAGAAGGACUUUAAAAAUUAGCUGCCGGGUGAAAUUCAAUUUUUGCACUUGUAUUCUAGUGAACUCACUUCAGAAGCUUGUUUGCAGUUUGCACUAUGUCUUACGCAAACUGUUUGAAGAAACAUCCAUAUAGAACCGUAUUUCCAUAUGCCAACUCCAUCCUCAGAGCUUCUUUGGAGAAAGGCUCCCCACAGAAGUUACUAACGGACUAUAGCAUUUUGCUCCAUUUCACUUCUUUCUGCCCUGAUUACAGAACCUAUGCUCUCCUUCUCAAAGCUUGUGCAAAAUGCUCUGACCUCUAUGCUGCCAUGGAAAUUCAUUGUCAUCUUACUAAAGUUGGGUUGUUACCUAAUCAACAUAUAACAGCUCCUCUGUUCAAGUUAUAUAUUGCUCAUGAUCGCAUGUUGGAAGCACGUGAACUAUUUUGGUCAAUGCUGGAGUGGAGUACCGAUCCCUUCCAUGGUAAUUUGAUGCUUACGGGAUUCUUGAAGAGUGGACAGCUAGAUAAGGCAUAUCAGGUUUUCAAGAGGAUGCCUGUCAAGGAUUUGGUCUCAUGGAAUUCAAUGAUCGCAGGUGCAGUAAGGAGUUCGCACGUGAAAGAUGCAAUGAAUCUUUUUAGCAGGUUGGUCAAUUCAGGUCUUGUGCCUGAUGGCUUCUCGUUCUCCUCAGUCCUGUCAGCAUGUGCUCGAGCUGGUGCCCGCCAAUAUGGAGUGUGGGUCCAUGAACUGAUGACUGACCUUGGGGUGGAAAUGAAUCAUAUUUUAAGCUCAGCACUUGUUGACAUGUAUGCCAAAUGUGGAAGAAUUGAUGUGGCAACUGAGAUAUUUAAUGAAGUUAAGAGAAACCAUGUUUCUGUGUGGAAUACAAUGAUUAGUGGCCUGGCAUCGCAUGGUCUCGGAUCUGACGUAGUUAUCUUGUUCCGCAAGAUGAAAAGUGAAGGGCUGGUUCCUGACAAGGUUACGUUUGUUGCACUAUUGACAGCAUGCAGCCACUGUGGCAUGGUUGAAGAGGCUCGCCGAUAUUUCAAAGCAAUGACCACAAAUUAUUCUAUCACACCAGAGGUUGAACACUAUGGUGCAAUGGUGGAUACAUUGUCGCGAGCUGGGUUGCUGGAUGAAGCAUACAACUUGGUAAAGUCGAUAAAUGUAAAGCCCGAUGCUGUGAUAUGGAGGGCAUUACUUAGUGCUUGUCACAGGUAUCGACAAACCAAACUAGGUGAGGUCAUUGUUGAGCAUAUGGCAUGCCAGGGCAGUGGAGAUUAUACCCUUCUUUCAAACAUCUACUCAUCAGCAAAUAGAUGGAAUGAUUCAGAGGAAGUAUGGAAACAGAGGAAACAAAAGAGAGUUAGGAAGAGCAAAGGCUUGAGUUGGGUUGAGUUAGGGGGAAGCACCCAUGAAUUUAAAGCUGGUGAUCGGUCUCAUCCUGAUACUGAGGAUAUAUACCGAUUGUUGCAUGGGUUGUCUAAAAGAGCCAAAGUUGAAGGCUAUGCUCCAUUGACUGAACUGGUAACAAAAGAUGUCUCGGAGGAGGAAAGAGAAGAAAACCUCAGCUUCCACAGUGAGAAGCUAGCAGUGGCUUAUAGUGUCCUUAAGACUGGCCCAGGGACAGAAAUAAUGGUGUCAAAGAAUCUGCAGACUUGCAGUGACUGUCAUGAAUGGAUGAAGAUAAUCUCAAAGGUACUUUGUCGAAUUAUAAUUAUGAGGGAUAGAAUUAGAUUUCACCGGUUUGAAAGCGGAUGCUGCUCCUGCAAGGAUUAUUGGAGUAACAAUACCUUUGAUUCCCCAUUCCCUCCAUUUCUGCAAUGUCCUUGAAUUCUAUUUGCUCUUGAGCGCCUUAAAUCACUGCAGUGCCACAAUGUUGAGGAAAAGUUAUCUGGAGUCAAGACCGAAUGGCCUGCAACUAUCCUUGUUUUUGAUAUUGAAACCACUGGCUUCUCACGCCGUGAUGACAGAAUAAUUGAGUUUGCUGUUCGUGAUCUUAUGGGUGGAAAGAAUAGUACUUUCCAGACCCUCAUAAACCCUGAGAAAGAUGUAAGAAAUACACAUGUUCAUGGUAUUAGCAACCGCAUGGUCUGCAGGCCUGAUAUUCCUAGAUUCGGGGAGGUUAUCCCCAUUCUACUACAAUAUGUUUGGAGUCGUCAAAUGGAUGGUAAACCAGUUCUGUGGGUUGCUCAUAAUGGGCGUUCCUUUGAUGUACCCUUUCUCAUCUUUGAGUUCCGACGGUGCAAAGUGGAGAUGCCUGGUGACUGGCUUUUUGUAGAUACUCUUCCUAUUGCAAGACAAUUGGUUGAUUCUAAUGGUUCAAAACUCAGCUCUGUAUCAUUGGACAAGCUGAGAGAACGCUAUGGGAUUCCCCUCUCUGGGAGCGCGCAUCGUGCAAUGCAGGAUGUGACCACCCUCUGUUAUGUGCUGCAGAAGUUGACCUUCGAGCUGAAACUAACUGUUCCCCAGCUCCUUGAAAAGUCAUUCCGGGUGUCCGACCUUCCAACGACUCGUCCUGUAAAAUAACUACAUAUGCCUCGCCGGGAAGAUUGCCUGAAGCUCUAGAUUCUUCCAUUGUUGUAUUAUUACAGAGCUGUUAUUUGGAUAUCCCAGCUCUGAUUUCUUUGCUGUUCUAACAACAGCCUGAUUGUUACUGAUACUGAUCAGUAGCGCAACACUCAGUAUUACUGAUACUUCCUGCCAUUGUAGGCUUGUAUACAUUACUGAAUCAUUAAUUAUUCGUACAUUUA